AUGAAUGUUCUAUUAUGUUAUAUCAACACACUAAAAGGCUUAUACGAUAUAUCCGGUGUGGAAGUCGGCCAACAUUUCUAUUGGAAAAUAGGAGGUUUUCAAGUCCAUGCCCAAGUAAUUAUUACUUCUUGGGUUGUAAUUGCUAUCUUAUUAGGUUCAGCCAUUAUAGCUGUUCGUAAUCCACAAACCAUUCCUACUGACAGUCAGAAUUUCUUCGAAUAUGUUCUUGAAUUCAUUCGAGAUGUGAGCAAAACUCAGAUUGGCGAAGAAUACGGUCCAUGGGUUCCCUUUAUUGGAACUUUGUUUCUAUUUAUUUUUGUUUCGAAUUGGUCGGGUGCUCUUUUACCUUGGAAAAUCAUACAGUUACCUCAUGGGGAAUUAGCCGCGCCUACAAAUGAUAUAAAUACUACUGUUGCUUUAGCUUUACUCACGUCAGUAGCAUAUUUCUAUGCGGGUCUUAGUAAAAAAGGAUUAGGUUAUUUUGGUAAAUACAUUCAACCAACUCCAAUCCUUUUACCCAUUAAUAUUUUAGAAGAUUUCACAAAACCCCUAUCGCUUAGUUUUCGACUUUUCGGAAAUAUAUUAGCUGAUGAAUUAGUAGUUCUUGUUCUUGUUUCUUUAGUACCUUCAGUGGUUCCUAUACCCGUCAUGUUACUUGGAUUAUUUACAAGCGGUAUUCAAGCUCUUAUUUUUGCAACUUUAGCUGCGGCUUAUAUAGGCGAAUCCAUGGAGGGUCAUCAUUGA